UUGACUCUUUGUGAAAGGAGAAAGCACUUCAUGUCUUGGCGUGAGCUCCUUCCCCCCUGUCUGGUGAUCGUAGCGGGACUGACGGGCAUCAUGCUUCUUUGCGUCUCCACUAAAGAUGUGCCCAUCACCCCUCUCAGGACCAAGUAUGGCAUUGUUCUGGAUGUUGGCCCAUCCCGCACCAUCCUUUUCAUCUACCAGUGGAACCCCACCAAUGCAAACAAGACCAGGGUGAUCAGGGACUGCAGUUCCUGUCCCAUACAAGGUCUAGGAGUCUCCAACUACUCAGGUUCUCCUCAGAAAAUAGGGAAGAGCUUGGAGCCAUGUUUGAACUGGGCCCAGAAGUUGAUCCCGGCAGAGCAGCACAGCCAAACCCCCCUCUACUUGGGAGCAACCGCCAGCACAAGGCAGCUGAACCUCACCCAUCCCACGCUCUCUGACGAUCUCCUUGCAGCCCUGACUGUGGCCCUGCAGUCAUCCCCCUUUGACUUUCAGGGGGCACAAAUCCUGUCCAGUCCAAAGAAGGAAGCAUUCAACUGGGUUGCUGUUAAUUAUGUCCUGGAGAACUUCUUUAAGUACGACUGGCAAGGACAGUUGGUCCCCCCCAGGAAGGGGAUGGAAGGAGUCCUGUCCCUGGGAGAAACCUCAGCACAGCUCACUUCCAAGGUAGAAGGGAACCAGGCACUAAAAGAGAGAGUGAGGCUGCAGCUGUACGGGCAAACACACAACGUAUACACUCAUCACUGCCCCUGCCACGGCAUGGACCAGCUCCGCAGCAGGCUGCUUUCUAUGCUCAUUCAGAAUCAGAGCAGUGCUAAACCCGUGUAUAAUCCCUGCUGGCCUGUCACCUACACUCGAAAAGUGCAGUGGCAAUCAGUGCAUGCUGGGCCUUGUGCUGCCAGUAACGACACAUCGGACAUCCCUGGCCCUGAGGAGGUCUUCACCAUCACCGGCUCCAGCAAUCACACCGCCUGCGUGAUACUUGUGCAAAGCCUGCUCAACUCUUCCACUUCCUUCAGCUUCUUCAUGCAUUCCCUCAGCGAUGUUUUCAAGCCCCUCCCGACCAGGUUUCUGGUGAUUUCUGAGGCCAUGGACUUCAUGGGAGAAGCCAUACCCCUUCCUGGCUUGGAUCAGGAGGUCAACAGGUUUUGUGGGAUGUCCGCCAAAGAGCUGAUCAAGGACUCCCGAACAAACCUGGAUAAACUUGCUGACUACUGCUUUGUGUCUGCCUUCAUCUUUCAUCUCAGUACAAAGGGAUACACAUUCGCCUUUGAUGGGUCAGUUCGGACAGCAUUCCAGAAGAUGGGUGAUGCAUUGUCCGGCUGGACUCUUGGGUACCUGCUGAGUCUGACCAGUACCACCCCCCAGGACAGCCCAGGCUCCCUCAAGGGGAUUGAACCAAAGGUCUGGUCUUUGCUCCUUAUCCUCUUCGUUGUGCUGCUCACUGGCUCUUUCAUGCGCAUCUCAUACCGAGUGAUGGUCAAGGAAAACAGCUUCAGUAACAGGAACAGCAGUGUUUUUGAUGACAACUGACAGUUAUUCUGGGACUCGAUCCUCUUGCUAGAGGGCAGUUAACAGGGUACCUACAGAAAUCUCACAGCUGUAAGUCACUGGAGGAUGCAAGUGAUUUUCCCACAGGACUCCCAGAGCCUCACUCUGUGCCUCAUUUCAGCUUGCUAGCACUUGCACUACUGUACUUUGAGACAACAGAUCCUGCUCCGCAGGAAGCCUGUGAUUCCUGGUGGAUGGCAAGCUAAUUCAUUCUCCAAAUGAGAGCAGCUUGUGCAGACCUUGCGUGGGCUGCAGUUGAGAUUCCUAUGAUGAAACAAUGCCUCUGAGCAGGCAGGCCCUGAGCUACUGUAAAGUUAAUAUUAAAUAAUCCUGUCUAAUCAGGAGAGGUGGUGUCUGAAAAGGUGCUCUGUCCUCUUCUGCACCCACAAGAGAGACGAUACCUGCAGUAUUGCCACUAGUGAAGACUGGAACAGCAUUAAAUAUAAUCAAAAUAUAACGGCCAACUUGCUUCCAUGUUCUAAGGAAAAAAGCCUGCCGCUGCUGAUCUGUCUGUUCUUCCACCUCAGUGACAGUAUCCAUGCAUCCCUUCCAACGAAU